GCCAGGUCUGCCGAGGAGAUGCCCCGGGCGCUGGGGACGAGCCGAGACGAGGUCAGCCUGAGACGAAGACGGGCGGUCGGCGAGUGAUAGCCGGUCACGGGGAGGAGGCCCGCGCCAUGUCGCGCAUAAUGCUCUGCAAUAUCGGUCAGGCCUCGGGCAGUGACACCAACAACAACGCGGGCGUCCAGACGAACGCCCCGACGGCCCAGAGCAGCGUCGACGAGGACGACUCGUAUCCGCUGCCGACGAUAUACCGGUGCCGGGCGCCAAUAGCGAGUCUCGACUGCAUGGAGGAGUUCAACGGGGGAACGGAUACGAGCGGACAAUACGGGAGCACACCCGGUACCAAGGAGCACCUGCUAACCAACUGCCUGGUCAGUCAUUCGCAGCGGCUCCAGCAUAAUCCGUCGCCAGGUAUUCGCUAUCGCAACUUGGGCAAAAGCGGUCUACGUGUUUCCAAUGUUGGAUUAGGCACCUGGACGACCUUCGGCAGCGCGAACGGCUCCAACAGCGAGGAGAACGCCGAGGCCGUCAUAUCCCUCGCUUACGAGAGUGGCAUCAACGUCUUCGACCUUAGCGAGGCGCACAGCGGACCCAAGGCCGAGAUCCAGCUCGGGCGUAUACUGCAGAAGCGCAAUUGGAGUCGCACCAGCUACGUCGUUACCACGAAAAUCUACUGGAAUCCAAAAUCCGAGGCAAGAGGACUUUCGAGGAAGCACAUUAUUGAAACGGUACAGGCAUCGUUGGCUCGGCUUCAAUUAUCCUACAUAGACAUUGUUAUGAUUCACAAAGUCGAUUCAACUUGCCCCAUGGAAGAAAUCGUUCGCGCUAUGAAUUAUGUGAUAAGUAAAGGAUGGGCUAUGUAUUGGGGGACUUCAAGAUGGUCGCCCGUCGAAAUUAUGGAAGCUUACUCCAACUGCCGGCAAUUCAAUUGCGUAACGCCAAUCGUCGAGCAAGCGGAAUAUCACCUUUUCUACAGAGAUAAACCCGAGCUUUACAUGCCCGAGUUGUACAAUAAAAUUGGUGUCGGCUUGAUGUGUUGGUCGACAAUGUCGAUCGGCAUGAUAUCGACUCGGGGCGAAGAUAUCGGUAUGUCGGUUCUUUCUAGAUCGAGAUCUUCGUACAGGACAUCAAUCAAAAGCGGGCAUUGUAGCGACGAUCGAAUGAAAAUGUUCCGUCGACAGGAGCAAUGGCGCAAGGGCUCGAUGGACUCCGAGACGAAAAGGUACUCGGAUAAGAUACGUGACAUUUGCGCAUUCGCCGAGAGACUCGGCUGCACGUUCACCCAACUGUCGAUCGCAUGGUCCCUCAAGAAUGAAAGUGUCCAGUGCCUUCUCCUCGGUGCGACCAACAUCGAACAGCUUUACGAGAGCCUCCAGAGCUUGCAGCUCAUUCCACGGCUGACCAUGUCGACAAUGACCGAGAUUGAGAGGAUCCUCUUAAAUAAACCAUCCCGUCCGCCGAUGGUCUCGACUCUUCAACUAAGAUGACAGUCGCUUUGCCCCCACGCGAGUCGUGGGGGUUCGCUGGUCGGCAGCCCGAAGAACGAAAUUGCGGGUUACAACGGCCAGCAUCCGGAUCACCAGCACGAGCAGAGCAACAAGGACCAGUCCCAGAAGGUCUCCUUCUGCGAGAUACAAUGAUGAGCGGCCACACAUACACAAAAACACGUAACACGUUGCGUCCCGUGCAUCCUGCCAUUGGUGCGCUCCAUCGGCGAAUUCCGCACAAUGCAUCUUUCCGACCUGACCCACGUCUUUUAUUACCGUAUGA